AAAAAUAAAAUAAAUUAUUAAAAUAUUGUAGCGGUGUUUAUAUUUCAUAAUAAUAAUAAAAUCCAAUUUAAUACAAGUGAAUUGAAAGAAAAAAAAAUCUAAUAAUAAAUAAUAAGCAACGAAAAAUAAACAGCUAUCAGUUGUGUAAACAUCGAUGCCUGUCUCGAUGAUGAUAUCUCGCACAAAGUAAGAGGAAAAGAGAUCCGCAUUAAAAAAAUUAUAAUUAAAAAAAAAAGCGAAACAUAAAUAUUAAUUGAUUAAAAAGUUUAAUGGAAUACAAAUUUUUUACAACAUAAACCAGAAUUUACAUAUAAAAUCAGCAGUUAUAGCCGAUUAAUAAAAAUUGUGAUUAAAAUUUAUUGGAAAAUAUUUUCCAUAGAGCGUUAGAUCGGGCAGGCAGGCGGCAAGCGAUGUAUGUCAAAACACUUUUGCAAGUACAAUGACUUACAACACAAAUCGCAACCAGCAAUUGUUGGCUAUUUUGCAGCAUCCGGCAUUCGGGCACCUGGCAAACGACUCGCAGCACGCUCUUCUCAUCAAAAGACUCGAAAACUGGACAAUUUCCGAUCAGCAUGGCGACAAUGCCCAACCACACAUCAACUUGGAGAACAUCAUAUCGACGAUUCCGGAACUGGAUGCCCAACCGCAGGCCGAUCCCCUCAGUGUCGUCAUCCCAAUCACCAUUUUCUAUGCAUUUAUCUUCGUCGCCGGCAUUUUGGGCAAUGUUAUGACAUGCGUCAUCAUCUUUAAGAAUAAACACAUGCACACCGCAACAAAUUACUAUCUGUUUAAUUUAGCUGUGUCGGAUUUUCUGUUGCUCGUCUUAGGACUUCCAUUGGAUCUGUACAACAUUUGGUAUCCGAAUUCCUUUCCCUUUAACGAGACCACGUGCAUUUUUCAAGGUUUGCUGCUGGAAACCGUUACGAAUGUCACGAUAUUGACCAUCACGUCGUUCAGCGUGGAACGAUAUAUUGCCAUUUGUCAUCCGUUUAGGUCGCAUGCGAUGUCAAAGUUGAGUCGGGCGAUUAAAUUUAUUGUGGGAAUUUGGAUUGGGGCGUUUUCGUUGGCGACACCGCAGUCAUUUUUGUUUGGGAUUCUGGAUGAAAAUGGAUCAAGGGUUUGCACGAUCAAAACCUCAAUUGUCAACGGCUACUUUUUCGAAAUUUCCAGUUUUUUGUUUUUCAUUGGGCCGCUCCUUGUGAUAUCCAUCCUGUACAUCCGUAUCGGACUAAAGCUGAAAAACAACUCCAUUUUUGAGGGAUGCGCGCCCCAAGAGACCGAACGGACGCGCACCAGUGUGCGAGCUCAGACGCGUGUCGUGCGAAUGUUGAUUGCCGUUGUUGUUGCCUUCAUGUUAUGCUGGUUCCCAUUCCAUGCGCAACGUCUAAUGGCCGUUUACGGCAAAUCCAUGAGCAUCGACACACCAUUUGAGCCGCAUCAACUUUUUAUGCGAAUUUAUGUGAUAUUGACUUACAUUUCGGGUGUCAUGUACUUUUUGUCCACAUGCAUCAAUCCGCUGCUCUACAACAUCAUGAGCAAAAAAUUUCGGGCAGCGUCAAAGAAAACCUUGCAACCGUAUUGCAACAAGUGUUUCUGUUGCACGCAACAACCCAAACACCAUUACACGGGCAUCUCCAUCCACCAAAGCAUGUUUCGCACGAAGAAGGAACCCCGACCAAAGCCACGUCGUCUCACCAUUCCCUUCGUGAAACAGGACUCGAGUUCAUCGAUGACGACACAACUCACCUUCAAUCUCGCCACACCCGUCGACCAGUUCAGUAACCAACUUACGCCGCCCCUCAACACCUUCCUGAGUCGCAAUCCACCGAAUUUCUUUCCGCCGCCGACGCCGCAGUCACCAUCAAAAGCGAAAUCCGCCUCAAUUAGCGAAUCCGUAGAUGCCAAAGAUGAAUUACGAACAAAAUUCGAACUGGUGAAAAGAGACACGAGUCUGCGAGAGUCAGAAGAAGAUCGAUAUCUGUAAAAAAUAAAAAAAAUCACGAUGAAAGAAACUGACUGAUAAAUUAAAAUUAUAA